GGGAAAUGAGGAUGCUCUGCGCCAGGCGCCAACCCACGUUUCACCCACAUUCACAGCCGCCUUGGACGCCUUCUCCUGAACCCUGCACAUCGACCUGCAAAAUCUCCGGUUUUUUUGUUCAACAUGUCUGAUCCAAAGCUUCCUUGAUAAGUUCGCAGUCGCCAGGUGACUUACCACUAUCACUACACCUACUCAAGCUUUCCACAGCUCUCAAUAUACGAGAUGGCGAACCAAUCUGGACUGUGGAAAAAGCGUGUGCUUAUACCCUUCUGGAUCGUGCGAAUCUGCAUCAUGCUCUUCCUCAUAGGGAUCUAUGCCUACGCUCUUCGUGCAGUUGAUGGCGUUGAAGAAUUUGCGAAACCGGCCACUGCGAGUAUUGUGGUCUUCAUGCUAUUCAUUAUCAUCUGUCUGCUCAUCGACAUACUCGCUAUCGUACUCUACAUGCGCGACGCCCUGAAGCCAGGAACGUUUCUCACUAUGAACUGCUUCCAGACCGGUUUCUUUGGAGGCGUCUUGAUCAUGGACCUCGUGGCUGUCAUGAGAGGGACAAGCGCGGCUGGCGUUGGGUUCAGCAUCUUCGUCUUCCUUACCUUCGUCAGCCUCCUCGUCUAUUCAGCAGUCGGCUACUACCGCGCGAAGAAGCAAGCUCAGCGAGGCAACUAUGCUGUAGCGCACAACCCAGCUGUGUACAAUCCUGCCAUGCUUACCGCAUACGCACCGCAGUAUCAAGGCGCUCCACCAUACCAACAGAACACUGCGUACUAUCCGCAGACUGCUGCGCCUAUCGAGCUUCAGCACAAUCACUAUCUGCCGCCAUACCAGGCGCAUGGCGCAACGACCGAUUACUACAACCAGCAACCGCUGAAGCCGGCGCAUAUGGUGUAAUGGGAGAUAAUUACAUAAAUAUACAACAAAUCCAUAUAUUUCUAUAC